GUUGAUGAUUAUUUUGUGUGUUUAGAGUUUUUUAAGAUUUGUUCUGUUGAAUUAAAAAAAAAAAACUAUUUUCGAGGCAAUCCACAACACAGCAGAAAUCAGGGAUUUUAGUUUAGAAACAGAUUAUUGCACGCUGCAAUAGAAAGAAAUAAAAGACAGAACACACACGCUAAACGCCAAACACACAUACACACACACACACACACAAACACCCAAACACACACGUAACAAAUGCAAAAAUGUCGCUACCCAACGAACAUACAACAGACUUGCCGCACAAUCAGACACAACCCAACCAGCAUGAGAUACCGCCAUCCACAGCCACCACACCAUCCACAGGCACAACAACACCAUAUACAACACCAUCCACAACCACAAACACAACACCCAAUGAGCUGAAACAUCGACUGACGCCGCUCAAUGUGCGACGCCUCUCCGGCUAUGCCAAUCCACAAAUGGUGAACGAUGCAACGAUCGAUUAUGCAACGGGAGCAGCAAUGGGAGCAACGGCAUCAGCGAUUGAUGAUGAUCCGCCACCCAUCACAAUCAACAUGAAUAUGAGCAGCAACAGCAUCAAUAAUAACAACAAUAAUAAUAAUAGCAGCUACAGCAACAACAAUAAUAAUACAAACAACAAAAACACAACAACAACGCCACCAUCCGCAUAUGCCACACCACCAAUAUACCAACAACAAUUGUCCACACUGACAGCAACCACGCCCCUAGAUGUUUUGGCAUCGGAUGAUAAAUUUAAAUUGUUUACCAUUUUCAAUGGAAACGAUCCCGACAAUGAGAAGUUGUCCGGCCUACCACAUUCGACAACUGGUUCACUAAGCUCAAUCAUCACGACGUCCAUAGCAUCCUCCGAACCGGAUCCUGGUGCGGCGAGUGCUGGCGGCGGAGGUGCAGGAAGCGGCGGCAGUGGCGGCAGCGGAAGCGGAGGAGGCGGCCCCAAUGCCCUGGUGGCAGCAGACGCAGCCAGCAUCGCUGGGAUCAAUGGCAGUUCCGAGGAGAAGCUGGCACUAAAUCGGCCUGGGAUCAAGCAGGAGAAAUGGUCAACGAUCCUGCUGCAGGUCUCCAUACCGUUCUUUCUGGCCGGCAUUGGAACCAUCGGGGCUGGCAUUGUUCUUGGAAAAGUCGAGAAAUGGUAUGUCUUCAAGAAUGUGAGCGAACUGUUUAUCCUGGUGCCGGCGCUGUUGGGUCUGAAGGGAAAUCUGGACAUGUGCCUCGCGUCGCGUCUGUCCACACAAGUGAAUCUGGGGAAUAUGACAAGCCGCCAGGAUGUGGUGCGAAUGAUUGUGGGUAAUAUAGCAUUGGUGCAGGUCCAGGCCACCGUUGCCUCCUUUCUGGUGGCCAUGUUCGCUGUGAGUGUGGGUGCGGCCAUGACAGGUGAAUUCUACUUUGAGAACGUGAUGCUGCUGACCGCCUCGGCCAUGUUCACGGCCACCUCAUCGUGCUUUGUGCUGGAUUUUGUUUUGGUGGCUGUAAUUCUGUUCUCGCAGAAAUACCAUCUAAAUCCGGACAACCUGGCCACACCGCUGGCCGCCUCCAUCGGCGAUGUGGUGUCCAUAAGUCUGCUCUCCUUUAUUGCCUCGCUGCUUUAUGAGAAUAUAAAGACCCAUCUGUGGAUCACUUUCAUUGUGGUCACCUGCUAUCUGGUGCUGUUGCCCAUGUGGGUGCUGAUUGUGAUGCGGAACGAGUACACGCGCCCGGUGCUGAAGAGCGGUUGGGUGCCAGUGCUGUCGGCCCUCUGCAUAAGUGGACUUGGUGGCCUUGUGUUGGAUGCUGCUGUGGAGGUCUUUGAUGGCUUUGUGGUCUUUCAGCCGAUCAUCAAUGGAAUUGGCGGGAAUCUGGUGUCGGUGCAGGCCAGCAAGAUAUCGACAAUGUUGCAUCAGAGCUCAAUUAUUGGCAUUAUACCACCGCACACGAAGAUCUGGGAGUGGCCCUGGAAGGCGUUAUUCAAAGGAGUUCCCUAUGCAAAGACGGCAAGGAUACUCAUUGCCAUGUCCAUACCGGGCAAUGUCCUGUUUAUCUUUGCGGCUGACUACCUAAAUAUGCACACAUCCACAGUGUCCUGGGUGUUUAUGCUCUCCUAUCUACUGGCCAGUUUCAUACAGGUAACGCUGCUGCUCUACAUUGCCCACAUUAUUGUGCAUGCCAUGUGGAAGUGGAAGAUCGAUCCGGACAACUCGGCCAUACCCUAUCUGACGGCGCUGGGCGAUUUGCUGGGCAGCAGUCUGCUGGCCGUCGCGUGGAUCUUCACCAUGUCCGUGGGUAUGCAGUAUGGAGCCGGCGUUGAGAAUGCACUGAAUGCACCCAACUAAAGAGGGUGGGGCGAAUGUUUCCAUCUGAACUAAUGCAAUAGAAACCACAGAAAACAAAUGAAAUGAAAAGAAACGAGAAGAAAGCAGCCGCAAAUCAAUAUAAAGAACUGUUAUGUACCUAAAGUGAAAAGAAAACAGCAACAUUAAAUCCUAGAAAUUGUAUGUAUAGACCAGUCCCAAGUGCCCCACGCCCUGGCACACACAAACACACACAAUUAGAAACACCCAAAACACCAACACACAAACACACACACACACACAGAAUAAUUUCCAUGUUUUGUAUGUCCUGUCCUUCACUUCACAUGGCUUUUGCUUGUGUUCUCCCCUAAUUUUUGCUCUACAAAUGAAGUUAUGUUCGAGUAUAUGGUAUAUAUACACACGCCUAUAUAUACAUAUAUGUAUGUACAUAUUGUAUGCAUGGCAGGCGUGGCUGCAUAAUAUUUUUUAAGGCUUUUAGGACAAUAUUAUACACAAUUUAAAGAAAUAUAUACAUAUACAAAAUGGGGGAUAACAACCGGGCGAAUAACGGAAAAACGGAACACACAUUUAUUUAAUGGCAUUAGCUCCCCUUACCGUACCCCUAAUUUGGUUCUUGUUCUUGUUCCUUUUGCUUUAACCUUUAAACUUUUGUUAAAUUUAAGGCAGCCAAAAAAUAAUGAUUGAAUCGUGUAAAUGCAAAAAUAGUCCUAAAUGUAGAAUAAACAUACUUAAUUCCUUGUUAGUCCCCUGUACACCUACAAUUUACAAACGUAAAACAAAAACAUAAACAAUGUGUAGUAUUAGCGCAGAUUUGAUUUUUGCAAAUCUCGCUUAAUUUUUUCCCUUUUUUUUAUUAUUAUAUCUCUCACCAUUACCGCCCUGCCCACCCCAGCCCAGCCCCUAAAAAGAAGCAAUAAUUGAACACAAGGCAAAACGGUAUUUAUUAUUAUUGCAUAUUAGUUAAGAUGUGGCGUGGAGAUGAGCGUGUGCAUGCAUGUAUAUUCCUCGUUUAAUUGUAUAUUGUAUAGAUUGUAUCUAUUUUAAGUUAAAGCGUGCGCAUUUUUUUUUUGCUUGUUUGUUUGUUUUGUUUCCUUAAAACCGAAAAAUGUUGUAAAGUGCGUGUGCGUUCUGUAAAAAAAUGCGAACAGGGAUAAUGAAAACGAUGAGAAUGAGAGACGUUCUGAAAGGAAAUGUGAUCGAUAUUUAGUUAUAAUAAUAACAAUAAUUAUAAAUUAAUGUACAUCGUAAACGAAAGGGCAUCAUUAUUGUGUAAUACUUGAAACAAUAAUACCAAUUAAUUCAAUAUGUUGGAAUAAACGAAAGCAAAACGUUCAUAAA